AUGCAGAAAAUUCUCAGAGGCACCAACCUUCUUAAGCUCUUUCUCUCUUAUGGACUCUUUCUUUGGGAUGUCAAAACAAAGGGUUUCCUUCCUUUUCUCUUUUACCACUUCCAAUCUCUCUGUAAUUCCUGGUCAUCACCUAGAAUAGAUGAGAAACCCCGUUGCAGAACCCAAAAUGGUCAGAGUCCAAACAAGGUGAGAUUGAGCAGAGAGGAAGUGAUAAUGGUUAUGGCUGAAUUGGAACUGAUCAGUGCAGAAUCAGAUGGGGAAGGGAUAGAGGAGGAGAUUGGGGAAGAAGAGAUUGAAGCUUUGUUUGAGAAAGAACCAAGUUUCGAGGAGUUAAAGGAUGCCUUCGAGGUGUUCGAUGAAAAUGGGGAUGGCUUCAUAGAAGCAAGAGAAUUGCAGAGAGUAUUGAAGCGUCUGGGAAUGCAGAGAGAUCAUCAAGAGUGUUGGAGAAUGAUUAGAGCUUUUGAUCUGAAUGGAGAUGGACUCAUUGAUCGACCUGAGUUUGUCAAGUUUAUGGAACAGAGUUUUUUGCCUUAGGUGAUAAGCCAAGCCAAUAAUCACCAUAAUAUGUUCCUUCAUAGCUAAUUUCGGACACGUUAGGUUUUCCCCCCCUUAUUUUUGGUUCAUGUAUUUUAACUGUAGAUUUCAUUUCACGUGGCAUAUUUUUAG